AUGGAGGGUCCUGAGAGCUGGGAGGGAGGAAUCGCUACCACGCCGGAGUGGGACACCAGCUGUGAGGAGUGGGAGAUAGAGAGAUGCAGGGACAGUCAAAGGGGAAAAAGAAAAACUAUUGAGCAGGCAUUUUUGUCCGACUCAACACACAACACCUUAACUGAGAGGCAAAAGAAAAUUGUGCGCUUUGGGGGCCACUCAUUGGAAGAGGACGCAGAAUGGUGCGAACCCCAGGUUAAAGACUCUGGCGUUGAUACGUGCAGUAGCACUACCCUAAACGAGGAGAAUCAGCAUAGCUAUAGUGAGAAGCAUCCGGUGACAUGGCAGCCCUCCAAAGAUGGGGACCGCCUAAUAGGGCGGAUUCUGCUCAACAAGCGGAUGAAGGAUGGAAGUGUACCUCGAGACUCAGGAGCACUGCUGGGGCUGAAGGUGGUGGGUGGAAAGAUGACAGAAUCUGGUAGACUUUGUGCUUUUAUCACUAAAGUGAGGAAAGGAAGUCUAGCCGACACUGUUGGACACCUCAGACCAGGCGACCAGGUGCUGGAGUGGAACGGGAGGUUUUUACAAGGAGCCACAUUUAAAGAAGUUUACAAUAUCAUUCUAGAAUCAAAGCCAGAACCCCAGGUGGAACUGGUGGUCUCAAGGCCCAUAGGAGAUAUUCCUCGAAUACCAGACAGCACACAUGCACAACUGGAAUCAAGUUCGAGUUCCUUUGAGUCUCAGAAGAUGGAUCGCCCCUCCAUCUCUGUCACGUCUCCCAUGAGUCCCGGGAUGCUGCGGGACGCCCCACAGUACCUGUCAGGACAGCUCUCAGUCAAACUGUGGUAUGACAAAGUGGGCCAUCAGCUAAUAGUCACCAUCCUGGGAGCCAAGGACCUGCCUUCUAGGGAAGAUGGUCGCCCUAGGAACCCCUACGUCAAAAUCUACUUCCUCCCUGACAGAAGCGACAAAAGCAAGAGGAGAACAAAAACGGUAAAGAAAUCCUUAGAGCCCAAAUGGAACCAGACCUUUAUGUAUUCUCCUGUGCACCGGCGGGAGUUCCGUGAGCGCAUGUUGGAGAUCACGCUGUGGGACCAGGCCAGGGUCAGGGAGGAGGAAAGCGAGUUCCUGGGAGAGAUCCUGAUAGAGCUGGAGACAGCCCUGCUGGAUGAUGAGCCUCACUGGUACAAGCUGCAGACCCACGACGUGUCCUCCAUGCCCCUACCCCGCGCCUCGCCCAACCCCCAGCGCAGACAGCUCCACGGAGAGAGCCCCACGCGGAGGCUACCCAUACAGAGAUCUCAGAGAAUCAGCGACAGUGAGAUCUCUGACUAUGACUGUGAAGAUGGUGUUGGUGUUGUGUCAGACUACCGGCAGAACGGCAGGGACCUAAUAUGCCCUCCACAGAGCAGAAGUCUGGACCCCGGCUAUGACAUUGACCCCGCGUCGUCUCAGUACAGCUCCUCCAGUAGAGUGGACCGGCGCAGUGUGUCCGAUGACCACCACUCACCUGACAGCCGCAACCACCGCAUAUCCAACAUCAGUCGAGAAGAGGCAGUCCCAGGUUACUGCGCUCCACUAGGAUGUCUCGAGCCCACUCUGAGGGCGGCGUGCUCUUUCCUCUGCUUCCUUCGACUAUGA